CCGUAGCCUCGGUCUUGGCUGCCCCGCCGCUCACCCGUGUCUACUAAUCACUACUGACGCAUUCAUUGGCCGCGUCUCCCCACCUCCCCCAGGCCGACGUCUGCGGUGUUGUCGUUCAUUCUUAACCCGUCGCGAGGCUAGAGAUGUCCGCAUACUUUCUCCAUGUCUGCACCCGCACCCUCCUCCCCGCCCUCGCCCCGGCGCGCAAGCGGCGCGAGCACGGCGGUCGCGCGUGAUUCAAACGAGAAGAGCGACGAGAAGGGCGAGCGCGAGAAGACCGAGCGUAUCGAGAAGAGUGAGAGGGCGACCAAGGAGCGACCAGCCCGCCCCACACUGUCAAGUUCGGCCAGCCUGCGUCGGACUGUGUCGCCGCCAGUCGUGUCCCUCUUCGGCGGCGUGAGCCCGGACGGGAUUGAUGCGCUCGAAGGCCUCGCGCCCGUCCGCUCGCGCGAAGAGGAGAUGGAGCGGCAGCUCGCGCGCGAGGAGAAGGGGCCCGACCCGUGGGCCGUCAAGCUCGAGCAGGGCGAGAAGCUCGAUCCGAAAAACUGGAGCCGCACGUUCCGGUGGUACCUCACCAUCCUUGGCGGCGUGCUCGUCCUCAACUCGACAUUUGCGUCGUCCGCGCCGUCCGGCAUCACCCAGGAUGUGAUGGCGCACUUCCACGUGAGCCAGGAAGUCGCUGUGCUCUGCAUCUCGCUCUUCGUGGCGGGAUACUGUGUCGGCCCACUCCUGUGGGGCCCGUUGAGCGAGAGCUAUGGCCGCCGCCCCAUCUUCGUCAUCGCGUUCAUCGUGUACACCGGCUUCCAGGUGGGCUGUGCGCUUGCGCCGAACACGGGGUCGAUGCUCGUCUUCCGCUUCCUCAGCGGCACAUUCGCCGCUGCGCCCCUCACGAACUCGGGCGCGCUCCUCGCAGACAUUUGGGACGUGGACACGCGCGGCUCCGCGAUGGCAUUCUUCGGCCUCGCGCCGUUCGCGGGCCCAAGCCUCGGCCCCAUCGUCAGCGGAUACAUCCAGACUGCGGGCGCCGACUGGCGCUGGGUGUAUUGGGUCACGACGAUCUUUGCGGGGGUGUGUACGAUUGUGAUCAUUUUCACGCUGCCCGAGACGUAUGCGCCCGUCAUCGUCAAGAAGAAGGCGCAGCGGAUGCGCAAAGAGACAGGCGAGGAGAGGUGGUACGCGCCGAUCGAGCGGCGGCCGCAGGACAUGAAGACGCGUCUCCGCGAGAUCCUCCUCAAGCCCUUCAUCAUGCUCUUCCUCGAACCCAUGCUCAUGGCCGUCACGCUGUACAUGUCGUUCGUGUACGGCAUCGUGUACCUGCUCUUCGAGGCGUACCCAUACGUCUUCGUGCGGAACCACGGCUUCAACUCGGGCGAGAACGGCCUCGCCUUCCUGGGUUUCUUCAUCGGCGGCGUCCUCGCCACCAUCUUCUACAUGACCGUCAUCGAGCGGCGGUACCUAAAGGUCGCAUGCCGCCUCGCGCCCGCCCCCGUGCCCCCCGAGAAACGCCUCGAAAUGUGUGCCGUCACAGGCUGGCUGCUCGUCAUCGCCAUGUUCUGGUUCGGAUGGACGUCCUACCCCUCCAUCCACUGGAUCAGCCCCGUGCUCGCCGGCGGCCUCAUCGGCGUCUCCGCGCUCGGCAUGUUCCUCUCCCUCUUCAACCACAUCAUCGACAGCUACCUCUGGUCGGCGGCCAGCGCGCUCUCCGCCUGCACGGUUGUGCGGUCCGCGUUCGGCGCAGGGUUCCCCCUCUUCGCGGGGCAGAUGUAUGCGCGGCUCGGCACGCAGUGGGCCAGCUCCCUCCUGGGCUUUAUCGCGCUCGUGCUCGCCCCCGUGCCACUCGUGCUGAUGAAGUAUGGCCCGCAGCUGCGCGCGCGCUCGCGCUUCACCCCCUCGGUGUAGAUUAUAGCUAGUGGAUGAUGUAUAAUGUGACAGCGAG